AUGACGACUGUGACAAUGGGCGACAAUGACCAUGGUAACGAGGAAGACAAUAACGAUGGUAACGAUGAUGAAAAUGACGAUGGUAACGAUAACGACAAUGACGAUGGUAACGAUGACGACAAUGACCAUGGUAACGAGGACGACAAUGACGAUGGUAACGAUGACGAAAAUGAAUAUGGUAACGAUGACGACAAUAACUAUGGUAACGAUAACGACCAUGACGAUGGUAACGACGACGACCAUGACGAUGAUCACGAUAACGACAAUAACAAUGACGAUGAUAACGGUAACGACAAUGACGAUGGUAACGAUGACGACAAUGACGAUGGUAACGACAGUGACAAUGAUGAUGGUAACGAUGAGGACAAUGACGAUGGUAACGACAACGAACAUGAUGAUGGUAACGAUGAGGACAAUGACGAUGUAACGAUGAGGACAAUGACGAUGGUAACGAUAACGACAAUGACGAUGAUAACGAUAACGACAAUCAUAACCGCAAGGAUAAGUGAUGACAGCCUCAACAAAAAUUAUAACGAUGAUAAAAACGAUAACAGCAACGACGACAACGACGAUCUAGAUGACGACAACAAUAACGUAGACGAACAUGACGAAGACAACGAUAAGGUCAAAAAUGACGACGGCGAAGAUGGUGAUUACGAUGAAACAUGA